CCAUAAAUAAACCACAUAUGGUUCUUCAUUAUUCACUACUACCCAGCUGUUUCCCACACAAUGCCUUUCGUUGCAUCCCCUCAGCAAAUCAGAACUUUCAGACAAAGAGUCAGCAACCCAAGCUACUCCCAAGAAGCAAUCUCGGUUGAAUUCAUCACAACCCGCGACUUCAUCGCCAGUGUCCUGCCCCCCACGCUCAAACCAGCUGAACUUUCUACUGGGAUUAUAUCUGUCUCGUCAUGGGAAAGUAAUGUUUGCGGGUCAUUCAGUCUAUCCUCCAUCUCAGUUAGAUGUACCUGCGAUGGUUUAGAGGGUUAUUGGGUUCUCCAUUUGAUUGUGGAUGAGAGCUUCGCGAUUACGUGGGGCCGGGAAACAUGGGGGGAGGUCAAAAAACAAGGGAUGGUGAAGUUAUCCUCUCACGAGCGCAAGAAGAGCGGGUACAUGGAGCGUGACGGUCUGCGGCUUAUUGAAAUCGAAGCCGAGUUCGAUGCCUCCUUCUGUCAACAAUCGCCAGCAGAUGGGAUGGAGUGGUUUGAUUUUGAGGUCAAGGCUUUUCCGAAUUCUUUAGGAACGGGCCUGCAUACAGCACCACAGUUGAUUGUUCUUCAGGUCACGGAUGACUACACUGUCCAUCUGACAGGGAGUGGAAGACUGACUCUAAGGGGAACCGAGAGCGAUCCGUUACAUGAUAUUCCGAUUGCCUCGGUGGGAACGUUUACUUACUGUCGAGGUCCUUCACGUUGGUGUGUGGUCGGUGAGAGGGCUUUAUGUCCUCCGGAGGAGUAUUUCCCGUAUUUUGUGGCGAGACAUUAUGACAAUGUUGCUGAUUUUCCGGUUGGGAAGGGAAUGAGUUGUAUUUGUGAUAUGAAUAGGAUUGAGGGUGAGGGCAAGGGUGGCAAGGGUGACAAUGCCAGUGCGCUGCGAAGCUGGACAAGUACUUAGCAGGUUGCCAUGCUCAUAUUGGCGGGUACAUUCAGUAACCUUGAAUCGCAAAUCUUAACACUAACAAGUGGACGAUCGAUUAUCCUCG